CAGGGGACCUGGAGCGCGACAAACAAUCGGCGCGCAUGGUGCUCGCGCUCGCCCAGCUUCGGCUUCCGCAGGGGCGGCGUCUGGUUCUCCGCGGAGGGAGAAGGCCCCGCGGCCUCAGCGGCCCGUCGGCACCGACCCAGGCGUGGCCCGGAGCCUCCCGCAGCCCCGGCGUACAGUCUGUUUUGCCAACCAUGGCAUCUGGAGAUGACAGUCCUAUCUUUGAAGAUGACGAAAGCCUUCCAUAUAGCCUGGGAAAAAUGACAGAUCUUGUAGCCGUUUGGGAUGUUGCUUUAAGUGACGGAGUCCAUAAGAUUGAAUUUGAACAUGGGACCACAUCUGGAAAACGAGUGGUAUAUGUAGAUGGCAAGGAAGCGAUAAGAAAAGAAUGGAUGUUCAAAUUAGUGGGCAAAGAAACCUUCUGUGUGGGAGCUGCAAAGGCAAAAGCAACCAUAAAUAUAGAUGCUGUCAGUGGUUUUGCUUAUGAAUAUACUCUGGAAAUUAAUGGGAAAAGUCUCAAGAAGUAUAUGGAGAACAGAUCAAAAACCACCAAUACUUGGGUAUUACAUUUGGAUGGUGAGGACGUUAGAGUUGUGUUGGAAAAAGACACUAUGGAUGUAUGGUGCAAUGGUAGAAAAAUGGAGACAGCAGGUGAGUUUGUAGAUGAUGGGACUGAGACGCACUUCAGUAUUGGGAACCACGACUGUUACAUAAAGGCUGUCAGUAGUGGAAAGCGGAAAGAAGGGAUUAUUCAUACUCUCAUUGUGGAUAACAGGGAAAUCCCGGAGAUUUCUUGAAUGAAUUCAUGUUAAUAAACAUUAAUCUUAAGAAGUAACUAUCAGGACUUUUAAAUUACUGUGGUAAUUAAAUAUGUUCAAAAUGUACUUCUCAGUACAUUUAGUCUGCCACGUUUUUAUGUUUUUAGUUACUUGAAACUGUAUGAGUCAGGGAAAAAAUUAUACACAAUAAUAAAAACCUGCAAUUUAUUUUGUAAAUAAUGUAAAAAAUUUUUCAAAGCAAAAUGGAAAAUAAAAUAUGGAUCAAAAUCACUAAUGUUUUAUGAGAGGAACUUUUACUAUAAUAAACACU